AUGGGUAGUGUUACUACUGAAGAAUUCUCCAAAUAUAAAGGGGCUCUUUUUCGUCAUUAUCUAGACUCCGCAGAUUCUGAAGCCCACAAAGGACUCAACAACGACAUAGAAAGAAUCAAAACGCAGAAACAGUUCAUCAAUUCAUAUUUUAACAGAUUCAUCAAAACUGGGGGAACUUCGAGAGACCAUUAUGACAUGAAAAGAAUGAAGCGAGACUCUUAUGAAAUUCCUCAGGAUAUUAGUAAAAGAUACUUCGUUAUGCCUCAACUUAUCGACAAUGCCAUUCCAAGUUUCGUCAGCCAUGUUCCAGAAUGGUUAGUACGACACUUCCAAUACGCUGUUCAACUAUCACUGGAGUAUUUAAACGAGAUGAAGUUCAAGAAAAUGAAAGAUUUGAGGAAAAGCCAGAAAGAAUUACCAAUAUAUGCCCAUAAAGAUGAAGUUCUUCACUUGCUGGAAAACAAUCAAGUUCUCAUAAUUGCCGGAGACACGGGUUGUGGAAAAAGUACUCAGGUUCCCCAAUACCUACUUCAAGCCGGAUAUUCUGGCAUAGCAUGCACCCAGCCAAGAAGGAUAGCAUGUACGGCUCUAGCUAGAAGAGUUGCUUAUGAAACGUUGAAUGCUUUUGGCAAUGAAGUUGCUUACCAAAUAAGAUUUGAGACAACAAAGGGAAAGAAAACUAAAAUGCUCUUCUUGACGGAAGGAUUACUUUUACGCCAAAUGGAAAUGAAUUCUCUUUUGGAGCAAUAUAAUAUUCUAAUCUUAGACGAAGUGCACGAAAGACAUCUUACCUCGGAUCUACUGAUUGGACUUCUAUCAGAACUUGUAAAGACCAGAAGCGAUCUCAAACUGAUUUUGAUGUCAGCCACGAUCAACUUGGACUUAUUCUCAAACUAUUUCGAAGGAGCACCAGUCAUCAAAGUUCCUGGUAGAUUAUUUCCCAUAGAACUGAAAUACCAUCCAAUAAAACAGUUUUUGGCUGACACAGCCAAAAAAGAUCACAAGAUUGAUCCAACUCCGUUUUUACGAAUUCUUGAGCUUAUUGAUAAGGAAGUACCUUCCACGGAAAGAGGAGAUGCAUUAAUCUUUUUGAAUGGAGUAUCUGAAAUGACAACUGUGGCUGAAUCACUGAAAACCUAUGCAGAAAUUUCGAAAGGAUGGAUCAUUCUACUUUUACAUAGUACACUUUCGGUAGAGGAACAAGACAAAGUUUUUGAUGUUGCUCCUCCUGGUAUACGUAAAUGCAUAUUGUCUACGAAUAUUGCUGAAACUUCUGUUACUAUUGAUGGUAUCCGGUUUGUAAUUGAUUCCGGAAAGGUUAAUUUAAUCAAACAUGAGCCAGGAAGUGGAUCGCAGAAACUGACUGAGUUUUGGGUGUCCAAAGCAUCGGCCAAUCAGCGAAAAGGUAGAGCUGGACGAACUGGCCCGGGUAUUUGCUAUCGUUUAUACUCCUCUGAACAAUUUGAAAAAAUGGAUGACUUCACUACUCCAGAAAUACAUCGAGUUUCUUUAGAGGAGAUGGCUCUUCGGAUGAUUAGUCUAAAUCUUGGACUUGAUCCACGGACUUUUCCAUAUAUAGAACAUCCACAAGAUGAAGCGCUCAACAUUGCAUUGGAAACUUUAAAGUUCCAAGGAAUUGUGUAUGCAGACCGAGAGAACCAACUGACGGCUUUAGGAAAUGCAAUAGCUAAAUUACCUGUUGAUGUUUCUAUUGGAAAAAUGCUAAUUAUGGGUUGCGUGUUGGAUCAAACGGAUGUAAUGCUUACUGUUGCGGCGAGCUUAUCUGUUCAAAGCCCUUUCACUCACAGAUCGUUCAGGGAAUCGAAUGUUGUUGAACGACGUAGUACCUUGACUAGUCCAAUGGGAGAUCCUUUCACCUGUAUAAACGUGUUCCGAGAAUGGGUUGAGGAAAAAGUUACUGGGGGAAAAACACGUCGUUGGGCUAUAGAAAAUGGAAUAGAUGAACAUCGUCUCUAUGAGAUUAGUAAACUUAGAAAUCAAUACAGGCGAGUUUUGGAGGAUGCUGGGUUGAUUGAAAAGCCUACUGCAGAAGAGUUAGGGGAGCUAGAUUCGAGACAGAGAAGAAUCGACGAAGGAGAAAAGAAAAAGCUUUUUGCUAUGAAGAGAGACGCCAGAAAUGCUGAGAAGUCUCAAAAAACGUUGAAAGCCAAUAAACACUUUGAUUCCAUUCUAGAGGACAAGGAAGAAGAAGACUUGGAAAGGGAACAAAGCGUGCUGAAAGUUGAUGUAAACACAGUGGAAUUCCUUCUUAGCCAUAAGCAGAGAGACGUCGAAUUUAUUCGGAAAACCCAUAGGCUUCGUAGAAAAGAUGCAGAUCUUAUUAGAUUCAUCAUAGCUGUUGGAUUGUAUCCAAACUAUGCUUCAUUGGAUCCUCAUAAUAAAUAUAGACAAGGCCAAGAGCUUUUUGUACACACCCGUCGAAAACCUUUCUCUCUUAUUCAUCCCAACUCCAGUGUAGCACAGUAUCAUUCUGAAUCAUUGGAUGCUCAUUCGGAUGCUAGUGGUGUUUCGACGCUGCAUCAAAUAUCUUUUUAUGGACUGCAUCUAGAAACUACGAAGCCUUAUAUAUGUAACAUAAUGCCUCUUCCCGUAUUGUCGCUAUUACUUGUUUCUAAGAAGGUAAUUUGUGACGAAUGGAAAGAUAUUGUUCUCGAUGACUUUAUCGAGACUCAGUUAGAGAAGGAAGUUGACUGUAAGGAUGUCCUGCGAUAUACUAGAGAAAUAAGAAGAGAGCUGAACAGAGCAAUGAAUGCCCGUUUAAAAGGCUUAGAAUAUGAUUCGAAAUAUUUAUUGCGGGGACUUCGUAAAUUUUUCUGCAAAGUUGAAGAGGAAGGAAUCAAAAUGAGUUGCAAACGAUUAGUUAAUCCUGCUGAGAAGUUAGAAGGCCAGGGAUUUUUCCAACCGGACGGGAAAGUUCAACUUGAAGAUGAUGUUGAUGACGAUGAUGAAGAGCCAGUAGUGGAAGAACUGGAUGAAGAUGAACAAGUUAGAUUAGCGAUGGCCGUAGACCCUCUGUGCCCAACCACCAGGGCGGUAUGUGAUGAUGAAGAGGAAGAAGAGAAAAAAGUUAAACCUGUAAAACAAGAGACAUACUACGAGAAAUUGCUCAGGCGACAACGAGAGAGAGAGACCGAACAAGGAACUCAAGAAGAAAAGCGGAUAAGAUUGGAGGAAUAA